AUGACCACGGCAGCUCACUGUCCCCGCUGCAAGGAGGUUGAGACUGCAAUGCACGUCUUCUUCAAGUGCCCCUUCGCGAAGGAGGUGUGGAACCAGGCGCCUUUGGCUCACUCAGUUCACAUAGCUGAUAACCAAAAUCUUAAGGCUUCAAUGGUCCUCUUCAGAACGACAUCAUGCCUUCCACCGACUGGAGUAAGAGUGCCGAUUCUUCCAUGGAUUUGUUGGUUCCUGUGGACAGCAAGAAAUAAAUUAAUCUUCGAAAACAGAACCAACAGUCCUAUGGAGGUAAUGACAAAAGCAAUGGCAGCAGCUAGAGAAUGGGAUCAAGCGCAAAUCAUAGAGAACCCAAGAAUGAUCAAUUCCUUACCUGCCCAAGCUCAUCCAAGACAAAGAGCAAGAUCAAUGGCAACACCCGUAUGUUUCGUCGACGCGGCUUGGAACCAAUCUUCAAAGACAGCAGGUGUCGCGUGGUUAAUCACCAGAGAGGGCUCGAUCCCUCCUCUGUCGGGCUCCAAGAUCAUCGAGAACGUUUCCACUCCCCUAACGGCUGAAGCCCUAGCUCUCUGCAACGGCCUCCGUCAAGCGAUAGAUCUUGGCCUCUCCUCGGUCAUCGUCUACUCCGAUUGCGCAACGCUCAUCAGAGCAAUCGUCUCCAAAGACCAGAUCAAAGAGAUCUAUGGCACUCUUCAGGAUAUCAAAAGUCUCUCUGCGUUCUUUGUUUCUAUCGUCUUCCAGUUCGUCCCUCGUUCUCAGAACAGGGAAACUGAUUUCAUUGCAAAACAGGCCCUUAAGGCCCAUUGUCUUUCUUCAUUUCAUCUGGGCUAG